UCCAAGGUGCUUUCUAGUACUCAUGGAGGGCAGUAGCUCUUGUGUGAGAAAAGGUGCAUGGAAUGAAGAGGAAGAUAUUCUUCUGAGGCAGUGCAUCGAGAAGCAUGGAGAAGGAAAUUGGUACAAAGUUCCUUCCAGAGCAGGAAUAAAUAGGUGCCGGAAAAGCUGUAGACUGAGGUGGUUGAACUACCUAAGGCCAAAUAUCAAGAGAGGAGGCUUCAAAGAAGAUGAAGUUGAUCUAAUGAUGAGGCUCCACAAGCUCUUAGGCAACAGAUGGUCACUGAUUGCUGGUAGACUUCCGGAAAGAACUGCUAAUGAUGUGAAGAACUAUUGGAACACACACGUGCGCAAGAAGGAAAUUCCGUGCAUUAGCAACAUGAAAGAAAAAGCACAAGAUAUUGUGAAAGUAAAUGUGAUAAAACCUCGACCUCGAACAGUCUCCAAAAAAUUGACUUGGUUAUGUGAUAAACUUACAACUGCAGAAAGCUUUGAUCCAGUGAACAAAGAUCACGUGGAAGGUGAUCAUGAAAAAGCGCCCUUAAGCACCAUAAAUGACGAACCCAACAGAGUUCUUAGGGCUGAAAAAAUAGCACCAGAAAUAAAAAUAGGGGACACUUUUGAUGAGGAUGGUCCGAGUUGUUUGGCUGACUUUUCUUUUGACAUGAAUCUCUGGGAUUUUCUUUAUGCAGAACAAUAAAUAAUGAUCUAAUUGGUCUUUCGCUCUUAUGUUGAAAUGUAUCAUCUCACGUACGUAUUAGAAUAAGUAAAUCAAGGAUGGAUUGUUAGGAUAAGAAGAAUUUACCUAUAAAUAAUUUCAGUGUUUAAAACAA